AUGAGUGCAAAAAAGCCGCCACCCCGACCACCCUUACCACGAACAACGACCGCGAGAAGUGGCCAGCCAACCGGAGUAGCUCCUGAAAGAUCGAUUCGAAAUGCAUUUGCUUCGAUCUCUAUUCGUUACAGUUCUAGCAAUAAGGAGUUAGAUUCUGACGAAGAAAUAUCCAUCGAACGUAAAGAAAACAGAGAGAGCCAUGAUAGAAAUGAUUCCCGACUGCGAAUCGAAGGUGAAAAUGAAGAGGAUGGUUUCUGUAAAGUGACAGUGGAAGAUUACGAACAGCUUGAGAGCGUCGACCCUUCUCGUCAGGAAGUUGACAAACAUACUGAAGCGAUUUCAAAUGCGAAAAAGAGCUCGUCGGAAGCUGGCUUGAAAUUAGCUAGUAAGAGCCACUCUACUCAAGAGCUGAGAGCGACCUCAGAAAAGCGGUCGAUAGUUCAGAAACAAAGUACGUGGCCGAGUUAUUUGCGAUCAGAAGACUCUGAUUCGGUCAUAAUGAAGUUCCUGCGUGGUCGAGGAGAUCAGGGAAACGAACCGAAGUCUGAACCCGCAAAAGAAGGCCUUUCGCUUCCAGAACAAGAGAUAAAAGAGGAAAACGAUGUCGGAUCGAUUCCCUCCAAAACUCAUGUUGAUGAAGAUUUACAAAGCAAAUUAACAGUGGACAGACCAAGAUCAAGGUCUCCGUCACCUUUUCGUCGUAAAUUGAAUCGAGAUCGUCAAGAUGAAAACACCCGUGGAGGUGCCGAACAGGAAAAGCCGAAAAGCUCAGCUGGCAUUUCUUUAUCAUCUCUGUUGGCGAGUUUAGCGAAAGAUGAAGCGCACGUUGAGCCUGAAGAAAUUAUUUCGGAUACCGAAGAAAAUGAAAGUAGCGCAGACAUAAACUCUGAAAUUCAAUCUUCUUCAGACUUGUCUUUCAAUUUAAACCAUUUUGAGGAGACCAGAAACACAAAAGCUGGUAGUGAUGUACGACAUUUACCGCACCCUACGGUGGACAAAUCCCCUCAUUUCGCCAAUUUUUGUUUUUGCUCUUUAAUAGUUUAUAUCUACUUCAUCACAUCAUCUCCUCCGUUUAUGUCUGGGGUAGUGCUUGGAGGUUUACUGACAUAUUUAGGGGGAUGUGCAUUUCUUUGGCUGUUUUGUCCAGUGGACUCCAUUGCUGAACGAUACGAAAAAGAACUAAUGGAAUAUGAACAAAGACUAGCAAGAACCCCCACGCUUGAUUACAAAUCUACUGAUCCUGGGUUACUUUUAGAGAGAAACAAAUUAGAGGCAAGUAUUCAAGUUUGCAUUUAUCAAAAACAUUCUUCGUGACAGGAAAAGGAAAAUCUCCCAAACCGAUUUUUCACUUGCCCAUUUUUUUCUGGAAGUGUAUUCGUCACUUUCAUGUUACUUUCUACGCCUUAAGCGUGUGUUUGUACAGUUACGUUUACCAUCGAGUUUAGGAAGUCUGAUAUUCUAUAGGAACAUAACAUUUUAAAAUUAUGUCGCGGUAAAUUUUUAAUGAUGUUAUUCGAAUUUCUACAAUCUUGUCGUACUAUGUAUAUUGAUGCAAUUGGCCAAUGAUAUAGAUAGAACCUUGAUUUUAUUGUCAGACCUUGUGGUCAAGUUUUGAAAAAAUGGAUGGUGUAGCUUUGAUGCAUCAAAAUUGAAGCAAAAUACCCUCAGGCAGACAUACAAGGAAAACUUUCUUUGCUCAAUGAAAUAAAUAUAGUUUAUCUAACAGAUUAAUCAUUAGAUAUUACUUUUAUUGAUCAGAGAAAUGACGUCAUAAAUUGUACAAAGCUGUUAAGUGGCUUUAUUUUGAAGUGUACUUUACAUAAACAAUGUUUUUAUCAUUUGAAUUAACAUUUUGUUUAUUUUGUAAAAUUUCAGUCCAGAUCUUUCUUUUUACGUUUGUUUUUUUUUAAAUCUCCUAGGGCUGGAUGUUUAAGUCAUUUGAUUACAUCCCAGACAAGUUUGAAUUCAGUGCCGAGACUAUUCCAGUCUUUGCCUCCUUAAAUGUAACAAACUUAAAACUGUCACAUCCUCAUGUGGAAGAUUCUGGAAAGAAGUUUGACCCGCGAUCCAUUGAAGAGGGAGCAAGUGUAUCAUUCUCAAAGCAUGAACACUAUGAUUUAACUGGAAGCAAAGUUUCACUUUUACCAGCAUCAAUGACAAUGAAGAAAGUAUGGAGUCGAAAGUUUCCAAUCUGCCUUGCUCUUGAAAAGCUAGGAACACAUUCUGAAGAUGUCUCUUGUUUUAGCAAAAGUGCUGAUGAAGAAAGUGGUGCAAAGGAGAGCAUCAAAAUCAAGGAACAAGAUUCUUUAGAUGAUGUUGGUGUGCUUUACUUAUUUGCAAGGACUGGCAGGGAGAAAGAAGAUUGGUAUAAUCACCUGUGCAGACUUCUUAAUGACAAUUCUGGAAACUCUUCUGACCUGGAGACCCCACCAUUGUGUUCAUAUCCCCAAUACAUGGCUAAACUCAUCGCUCAGCCUUCCCAACAGUCAGAAAUUGCAUGGGUUAAUGUCAUGUUUGGGAGAGUAUUUUGGGAUGUAUGGCAUGACAAGUAUUGGACUAACAAGAUCAAGGAACGCUUUGAAAACAAGCUUGCCAAGAUGAAGAAACCCUCCUUCAUCCGGGACAUCUCAAUUUCUGAUCUUAACCUUGGCCAAAGUCUUCCAGUUAUAACAAAGACAUCUUCUCCAAAGGUUGAGCAUGAUGGUACAUGGGUUGAUUUAGAAGUGACUUACAGUGGAGGCUUGAUCCUUACUUUUGAAGGCCAUUUAAAUAUAGAAGGGUACUUGAGUUACUUUUUAAGCCUUGGAAACAGUGAGCAUGCAGAGCUUGAAAUGGCAGAGCUGUCUAGGAAAUAUGAAAAUCUUGACAAAGAAAGUUUGGGCGCAGCUGAACUUGAUAAUGACUCAGGAUCUGAGAGUCCACCUGACAGUGACUCUGACUUUGAAUCACCAGAAUCUGACUUUGAAGAGUUUAUGAUCAAGCCUCUUGGAACUGUGCAGAGUGGAAGAGAGAAGCUGGAAGAUAUUCCUCAGAGUGAAAGCUCUGACUCCUUCACCUUGAGCAGUUUUGAUGGUGAUGAAGAGCUUCUGGAAAGCAAGGAUCCUUUAUCUCUGAGUAAUGCAACUGAUGCAGAAGAAGGAAAUUCUUCUUUGGAAAAGAGCACUCAACCAAGAAGGAGACAACUGUCUUCUCAGAAACAGAGUUCAAGUGAGGAACUAUCAGAUAAAGGCUUGCUCACUGAAGUUCUUCCUGAGAAGACAUCAGAAAGUGCCCCUAGUACUCCAAUGAAAAAACUUUUAGGUCUUUCUACUAAGAAUGGACCAAAGCGCAAAAUCUUAAGUGUAAUUGAACGGCUGGCAAAAUCUAAGUGGGUGAAGAAGGCAGCGGAGACUGGCAUUGUCAAGAGAGCAGCUGAGAGGUUUUCUAAUCUGCCAAUUAUUUUGUCAGUGGAGGUAUUAACAGUCAAAGGAACUCUUGCACUGAACAUUCCCCCACCUCCUACAAACAGGCUGUGGUAUGUUGUAAUCAACUGCAUUAAAUUUUCUCCUGUUUUUCUCCUUUCCAUAUAUUUUUCAGUGUGUUAGACUGCCAAUAGCAAGGUAAUUCUCUCUUUCCACUGAGUCUUUGUGCCAAUUCACUGGUAUGAAAACAUAUUUGAUAUAAGUCCAGCUUUACAUGGUUAUUGUUGAUUUCCAUGUAUUAGGAAAGUGAAAGAAAAGCUUUAUGGAAAGGGAAUAAUUAAUUUGGAACUUAAAGAUGUUUCAAACAGUAGGUGACUCUACAUUCAGUAAAUUUAAUCUAUUGCUACAUGCCAACAAACUCAACAAAUUUUUAGUGAACUUGGAGAUUCUUAAAGAGGAGUGUUACUUACUGUUAUGAGAGUAAAUGUAUAGUUUUAACACACUUGGAGGAAAAUCAACUGUGACACAAUAUUGUAGAAAAAAUUAUUUUCAUAAUUUAAAUAGAUUACCAGUUGGUAAAUAAGAUGCAAAACAAAAUAUGAUAAUUAACUUUAUUAUUAUUUUUACCUGUUAAAACAUUAAAUUAUGUAGUAAAAUCUGAUCUAGAAGCUGUGGAAGAAGCACUAGUUUUGAGAUUUUGAAGAACAUUUUAGACUUUAUCUGUUCAUGGGGUGUAAUAAUUUUCAGUUUGCAUUCAAUUCAAAUUUGAUACAUUGUUGCAGGUAUGGUUUCCGGGGGAGUCCCAUGUUGUUUGUCUCUGCAAGACCAAAGCUUGGUGAACGUCAAGUCAAACUCACCCAUGUUACUGACUGGAUUGAAAAAAAGUUGAAACAAGAGUUUAAGGUAAGUAUUUUUAAAUGGAAAUUUGUGAAUAGAUGUUACAUGUAAAUUACCAAGUUAGAGAAAAAUUAAGAGAGCAGGUGAAGUUCUGCAACAAACAGCUAUAAGUCUGGGCUUACUCAUAGAGCUAAGUACAGACCUAAUGGAUGUAUGGAUUAUUGUUUCCACCCAUAUGUGGUAUGAUAGUCAAUAGCAAUCCAACCCUGCCUUUCAUACCCAUCCCCGCAAGUCAGCUUCAUUAGCAGGAGGGACAGCCAUUCUGUAGAUUGGAGAGGUGCAUUGUCAUUGUAAAGUAUCAAAGAAGAUUGAUUAAUAUUUGAUUAAAGUGUACUUGGGCUGACAUGCCAAGUGGCUUUUCUGACUUGUGCUUCAAGCUUAAUUUUGUCUUGUUGUCACCCUUGCUGUUUUUUUAUUGUUGCCUUUAACCUCACUUUGGACUGCAUCCCUCUGGUUUUUGUGUAUUAUCUUACAGUUUUCAAAUUGUCUUUGCAUAAUUUCUUUGCUUGUUUUUUUGUAAUGUGUUUCAGAACAUGUUUGUCCUUCCCAACAUGGAAGAUCUUCCAAUUAGGCUCAUGAAUUCAGGACUAGAGGAACAGUUCCCGCAUUGGUGA